GGGAGAUGGUAGGUGGAAGUAACUUCAUGUGUCAGAAUUUUCAAUCUUGAAUUUUUGAGAAUUUAUUUCAAACCAUUAACUACGUUCUCCAUUGGUUGUAGUCCCCAUUAAAUAUUUACACCUAAAUUCAUCAAAACAAUUUACAUCAAUUCAUUCAUUCAAGCAAACCGUUCAACCAUAAAGUCAAAUAUCAAGAAUUAUUUCUAGAAUUUUGUUUUUUUUAUUACCAACAACAAAACACCUUCUUUUCUCCGAAAAUGAAAGCCAAUAUAAUUUUCCUUUGUUUUUCUUUUAUAUCCUCUUGACCUUUUUAUUCUCAAAAUCAGAUGAUAAAUCACCGUGAACAUAGUUCAGUUGGUAGAAAUAUCACACUCUGUUUAUUCACGUUAAGGUAAAAUAUAGUAUCUAAAAUAUCUCGAGUAAGCAUCUACUAUAAUUUAUCAGACUCGAGAGAUUAAACUCUACCGAAGCUGAAAAGGUCUUCCAACACAAAAGUACUUCAUGUUGUUUUGGACUCUCUCACCUCUCUCUCUCUCUCUCAGAGCCACCAUUUAACUGACAACACCAGCUCAGACUUUCAGACGCAGUGGCAUUUACGUGAUUUCAUCGUCUUGCCGUGUCGUUUCUUCAACGUGCAUGCGUAGCAGAGAAUCACACCUCUCUAUUCAUUACUCUUUCUUUUUCACUCACUCAAACCUUUCAACUAAAAGUUUAUAGCCUUUUUUCUUUACUUUUCCAUCUUUGUACAAACCACCGUUAUUCUCCACUCGCCGCCGUACACGACGGAGAUUUUCCAAACCUACUUAUUUUCGAUUCCAUGUAUUUUUCCGUUACUUUGAGCUUCCUCAUCUAACAGAUGGGUUGCGUGCUUGGAACGCCGGCCGGUGACGGAGAUCAACGCCGUCACCGGAAAGAUCAGCGUAACGGUAACGGUUCUUCUGAAGUAGUUAAUAAUGUCGUUACGGUUCGUGAGAAGCAUAAAAAUCGGCACACCGGUGAUUUUCCGGGGACUCUUCCGGCGAUAGAGCGUCGGAAACCUAUACUGGAUCCACUUGCGUUGAAUCAACAAGGUUGGCCGUCUUGGUUAAUGGCCGUCGCCGGUGAAGCUAUCGGAGAUUGGACUCCUCGUCGUGCCAACACGUUUGAAAAACUUUCUAAGAUUGGGCAAGGUACUUAUAGUAAUGUGUAUAAAGCUAGAGAUUUAGUUACAGGGAAGAUAGUGGCUUUAAAAAAAGUGAGAUUUGAUAAUUUGGAGCCAGAAAGUGUGAAGUUUAUGGCAAGAGAGAUACUUGUUUUGAGAAAACUUGAUCAUCCAAAUGUUUUAAAGCUUGAAGGAUUGGUUACUUCUAGAAUGUCAUGUAGUCUUUAUUUGGUAUUUGAGUAUAUGGUACAUGAUCUUGCAGGGCUUUCAGCUAGCCAAGGUGUUAAGUUUACUGAACCUCAGGUCAAAUGUUUUAUGAAGCAAUUACUUUCCGGUCUUGAGCAUUGCCACAGUCGAGGAGUAUUGCACCGUGAUAUCAAGGGUUCCAAUCUGCUAAUUGACAAUGAAGGAAUCCUAAAAAUUGCAGAUUUUGGACUGGCAACUUUCUAUAAUCCUAAUAAAAAACAGUGCAUGACAAGCAGAGUUGUGACACUUUGGUAUCGACCCCCUGAGCUUCUUCUUGGGGCUACAUUUUAUGGUGUAGGAAUUGACCUUUGGAGCGCGGGUUGCAUUUUGGCAGAGCUACUUGCUGGGAAGCCAAUCAUGCCUGGCCGAACAGAGGUUGAACAACUGCACAAAAUUUUUAAGUUGUGUGGCUCUCCUGCUGAGGAAUAUUGGAGGAAGCAUAAAUUGCCAAAUGCUACAAUCUUUAAGCCACAGCAGCCAUAUAAACGUUGUAUCUCAGAAACAUUCAAGGAUUUUCCUCCAUCUUCACUUCCUCUAAUUGAAACUCUUCUUGCAAUAGAUCCUGACCGUCGUGGCACUGCCUCAGCUGCUCUAAAUCAUGAAUUUUUUACCACCGAGCCCUAUGCUAGUGAACCGUCGAGUUUGCCAAAGUAUCCUCCGAGCAAAGAAUUGGACGUAAAAAUGAGAGAUGAAGAAGCUAGAAGGCAAAAAGCACUAAAUGGAAAAUCUAAUGGAGUUGAUGGUACCAAAAGAGCCAGAGCACGUGAUCGUAGUCGAGCUAUUCCGGCGCCAGAAGCUAAUGCAGAGAACCAAACAAACUUAGAUAGGUGGAGAGUAGUGACCCAUGCAAAUGCAAAAAGCAAGAGUGAGAAAUUUCCACCACCUCAUCAAGAUGGAGCUGUUGGAUAUCCACAAGAUGAAUCAAAUAAAGGACCUGCUUCAUUUGGUGCACCAGACACAUCCUUUAACUCAGGAAUAUUCAAUAUAAAACCAUCUGAUCCUACUAGAAGUCAAGAUGGUACAGGAACUCACAAAGGAACAAAAACUAAAAAAGAAGAAUCUCAGAUGCCAUCAUCAUCGUCGUCAUGGAAAUUUAUGCGACCAUUCAAGCCGUCAACAAUUGGACAUUCAAUGGAUUUAUUAUUUAGGAGCAAGUAAUAAUCAGUUUCAUUUGAUUUUGGCAUCCUAUAAUGUGAUGAAGAAUGAUUUAGGACUUGAUAUAUCUUUUUAGCAUUUUUUCCUGUGUUUCUUCUAUUUUUUGGUAUUUCAUUUGCAUAAAGUUGUUGUUGUAUAAUAAUCAAUGAUCUACAACAGGGAUCCAUAUAUUUGUAUAUCUUAGGAUCAAAUCCACUGCUGUACAGUUUUUGGGACCA